GAAAAAAAUACAACUGUUAGCAUUGUAAUAGUGACGAGAGCAAUAAAUUAAGCAGUGCAAGGUAAAGUCAAUCCAAGGGGGAGUUUCAGCAACUCUCAACUCCACCCAGGUGUCUUGUAGCAAAAGAUGCUAUUCAGGGUACCAUAUUUCUUCUUGUUUAUUUGUUUAUUGAAGUAAGACGUGAGCACCGGGGGGACAGAGAGAGAGAGAGAGAGAGAGAAAAUAGCGGUGACGGCAUUUAAUUAUUUCAAUUUAAGCCUUGAUUAAUUGUUGAGGACCUGAGCAGAACGCCAUACUGUUACCAUGUUUAGUUGGCUGAGCUGUGUAUUUCUGCACUUUUUCUCAUUUUUUUCAACAAUCUUCAAUCACAUGACCCCUGCUUCGUCAUAAAUCACAGUCACCUCUCUCUCUCUCUCUCUCUCUCUGUGUUACCGUAGGGAAGAUGUUGUGUCACUGUGUAAAAUGAUGAGCUCCGAAAGUGUUGUUCACCAUUUUUGGUGGAGGAUUCUUGCCUUUACUCUACUUGUAAUUCAAUCUUGUGGGCUUAACACAGAUGGUAUUAUCUUGCUUUCUUUCAAGUACUAUGUUCUCAGCGACCCUCUGUGCGUACUAGAGAGCUGGAACUACUACGACGAGACGCCAUGUUCAUGGAAAGGAGUUACAUGUGCAGCUCAAGGCUUAGCGGCCAAUUCUCGGUACUCACCGGUGAUCGGUUUGGCUCUCCCAAACUCUCAGCUUCUUGGCUCCAUCCCUGCCAAUCUGGGCAUGAUUGAACACCUCCAGAAUCUCAACCUCUCCAACAAUUAUCUCAAUGGUUCUCUUCCUUCUUCGCUCUUCAAAGCAACUCAGCUCCAGUUUCUUGAUUUGUCAAACAACUUGAUCUCUGGUGAGCUACCUAAGACUGUAGGCAAGCUUCAAAACCUCCAGUUUCUUAACCUCUCUGACAAUGCCUUGGCGGGAAACAUACCCAACAACCUCACAACUCUCAGCAAUCUAACCACUGUUUCUUUGAAGAACAACUACUUUUUGGGUACUCUUCCUAGUGGGUUCGACUCUGUUAAGGUCCUAGAUCUGUCCUCGAAUCUGAUGAAUGGGUCCCUACCCUCUAACUUUGGUGGUUCUAGUCUGCAUUACUUGAACCUCUCCUAUAACAGGUUCUCCGGGAAUAUCCCACCAGGGUUUGCCGAGAGAAUUCUAGACAAUGCUACUAUUGACCUAUCAUUCAACAAUCUCACCGGAGAAAUCCCGGAAUCUGAUGUUUUCAUGAUCCAAGAAUCCAAAUCCUUUUUUGGGAAUCCUGAUCUGUGUGGGGAACCAACCAAGAAUCCGUGUCCGAUUCCUUCUUCUCCUUCAUCUUCUCCGCCAAAUGUCUCUUCCCCUACCUCUCCUCCUGCAAUUGCUGCCAUUCCAAAGACAAUGAAUUCCACCACAGAAACCUUGACACCUGGGUCGCCAACAGGGGCCUCUCAGCAGGCAAAGCAAAGCGGCCUGAGACCAGAAACGAUAAUAGGAAUUGUUCUUGGAGAUGUUGCAGGUAUUGCAAUUCUCGCUUUGAUUCUCUUGUACGUGUACCAAUUGAAGAAGAAAAAGAAGAGAGCCGAGAAUACAGCGAAGAAAGAAGCUAACAAGGCGAAGGAUGAUUGGUCAUCGUCUUCCUCUGAGUCAAGAGGAUUCACGAGGUGGUCAUGCUUGCGAAAGAAAGUAGAAGAGGAAGAGAGCUCAAAGGCCACAGAGUCUGAUGACAGCGAAGAUCAUGGACACCAAAGCCGUCAAAGGGGUCAAGAAAAUCAUCAGCGGCAACAAGAGCAGGAGCAGGGCAAAGGAGGGACGCUGGUGACCAUUGAUGGUGUGGAGAAAAAACUCGAGCUUGAGACGCUGCUAAAGGCUUCAGCUUAUAUAUUAGGUGCCACCGGUUCGAGCAUAAUGUACAAGGCUGUCCUAGAAGACGGGACAGCAGUUGCCGUUCGAAGAAUCGGUGAGAGCAGUGCGGAGCGGUUCAAAGACUUCGAGAACCAGGUCCGUGUCAUAGCAAAGUUGGUACAUCCCAACCUGGUUCGCAUUCGUGGCUUUUACUGGGGCGCCGACGAGAAGCUCAUCAUCUAUGACUUCGUUCCCAAUGGCAGCCUCGCCAACGCUCGUUACAGGAAAGUGGGCUCCUCGCCUUGCCAUGUUCCGUGGGAAUUCAGGCUCAAGAUAGCAAAAGGUGUGGCCCGCGGCCUUGCCUACCUCCACGACAAGAAGCACGUGCAUGGCAACUUGAAGCCUAGUAACAUCCUCUUGGGCUCCGAUAAAGAGCCUAAGAUCGGGGAUUUCGGUCUUGAGAGACUCGUAUCGGGUGACACGAGCUAUAAAGCUGGAGUGUCGGCCCAACAUUUUGGGAGCAAGAGAUCCACGACAUCGCGCGACAGCUUCCAAGAUCUUGGAAUUGGACUCAGCCCAAGCCCAAGUCCGAGCUCGUUGGGGGUAUCACCUUACCAUGCACCCGAAUCUCUUAGGAGUCUAAAACCCACACCAAAGUGGGAUGUUUACUCGUUUGGGGUGAUAUUGCUUGAGCUACUGACUGGGAAGGUUAUUGUGGUGGAUGACAUGAGUCAGGAAAUUGGGCUUAUAGUCGAGAAUAAGAGCCGGGCUCUGAGGAUGGCUGAUGUGGCAAUCCGAGCUGAUAUGGAAGGGAAAGAGGAAGUCCUAAUGACUUGCUUCAAGCUAGGGUUUAAUUGUGUCUCUCCAAUCCCACACAAAAGACCCACAAUGAAAGAAGUAAUGCAAGUUCUUGAGAGAAUCCCAUGUUCAUCUUCCUCAUCGCACUAUUAAUUGUGUCGUAUGGCACGCAGAGGUUGUCAUCUGGUCUCAUGAUUUUGUCCUUGUAAUCGCGUGAAGUCAUAGAAUAGAUCUUUGUUGUGUGACAUUAAUUUUACCCCUGCUAAUUCUGGACCCAUUUUAGAUACUAGGUAUGAUUGGAUUUUAUGUC